AAUAUAUAUACACAGUACGAAAAAAAUACUUCGACGAGUUCCGAGGAAGGCAUUUCGCAAAAAUCGUAAAGCACAAGAAAUCGCGAGAUAAAGGAAGGUAGCACCGUUGAUCGUGACGGAGGUAUAAAAAUAAAAUACCCGCGAUUUCGCAUAGCAAAAGCUUUAGAUGUGCCUCCUCGUAAGUACGCGUGACUUUGUCACAACGAUGUGUUUUCGUACGCAGGUGCUUGGAAAUCUUGACACUUGACAUUCACUGGCAUUCAUCGCGUCCGUAAAUAUACUGACGCGGGACGACUUUUGUGUGCGUUUUACGAAAUCGCGACGGCUCAUUAACGCCAUUAGCGCGGGUGAUCUUCUGAGGCUUGUGAUCCGAUAAGGCUCAUGAAAUCGAUCUACUGUUUAUUCGCGCAUUCGCGUCUACUGUUCAAACGCGCAGCAGCCCUCAAUCACGUGCGAUCACGUGAAAUAAUCGAAGAAAUAAUAAAGUGACAAAUCACUUUGCAUGACGAAAAUUUUUGAAAUUUUAGUUACUACACGAUAUAAGUUGCUCCUGUUAAAAUUGCCGCUCGUAGGCACGUAAAAGUCCCUGAAACCUGAAACCAAUUUGUUUUGAAAUCGUAAAAAUAAAAACUGAAACCGAUUUGUUUCUUCCUUUACUUUUUCUUUAGUGCAAACUAAAUCGAUCGGUGUAAAGGUCUUCAAGACCUAACUUUGGCCGUCGAGUAUCGAUCUCCGUCGUUCUUUGCUUCUCCUGACAGACCGCACCCCUACUUCUUACGUUAAUUGACUAUCGAAAUGGAGCGCACGCGAAAUAUCUCGACAGGGCGCCCGUCCCUUCCCUUUCCUUCCUGAUUAAUCGCCAGUAUCUGGGUCAAGAAAACCGAUAUAUUGGCCCAUUUAGCGGGCCGAUUGAGUAGUAUCGUGUAUUUUUAAAUGGCGUUUUUUUUCGCACGCGGCUUACUCAUCGCCUAAAUUUAACGUCAAUCGCACGCGUGUAACGCGCCAGUCGCACCCGUGUCGAUCGUGACGAUAUCUUCCGCGAGAAUUUUGUUUUUCUUUCCGUUAUCUUCGCCGCGCAAUGUUUGCAAAUAAUUAUAUAUGUUCCGAGAACGAUAAACGUUCGACCAUCGUUGUUCGCGCAUCGCAAUUAAAAACACAAACGAGCGCCAGAACCAUUAGGCAUCGCACCUGUCAAUUUGUAAUAAACGCGCGCGCGUGUUAAUUCUACAAAAUAAAAUUAAAUUAUAUAAAAAUAAAAUAAAAUAAAAUAAAAUAAUUUGUAAAGCACAAAAGGUUUGAACGCAUGUUUUUGAAGGAAUAGUCGGUAUUUUAUUCGGAACGUAAAUCAGUUAUUACUAAAUAAUAAAUUUACGCAAGCGUAUAUGAAUCCAAUUUAUUGGAUCAUAAUUUAACGUAAACAUGUAUAUUUUCUACUUUCGCAAUUGAUAUUAACGUCAUUAAUAAUCAGUGCCUUCGGAAAACGGUUAUGCAAACGAUGCAAUACUCGUUUAUCGCGAGGGCUUGAAGCAGACUAGUAUAUAAUACCGACAUUUAAAGCGCUCGUUCUCUUUAGGAAAAUGAUCUCCGAGUUUCACAGUGAUCUCUUGUGCGGUGACGCAAUCUCUUUUUGCGCAAGCCGGAUAGAAUCGCGCGUUUCAGCGAUGCCACGCAUAGUGCGUUCUUCCGGGAUGCACCUACCAGCAGCGCUAUAGUCUAUUAACAGGGGAAUGCAGCUGACGAACUGUUGCAGAUGCUGUUCCCUGAAAACGGGAACAAUCUUCAGCGGAGUAUGUGGUAUCGUAUUAGCCGUAAUUGCCCUGAUCCUGAUCUUCACGGCGAAUGUAGAAUGGAAAACGAUAAUCAUCGACAUCUUAGACAAGACGGCCGUGAAGAUCAUCUUCGCUAUCAAUCUUUGCAUGACCAUUCUGAUCUCUACGCUGCUCAUAAUCGGCGCUUUAAGGAAAAAUACAUUUAUGAUGCUUCCAUGGGUAGUUCUGGGCAUUAUGCUGGCCGUCGCCCUUCUUGUGAGCGUCCUUUACACCGCGAUUAUGUUCUUGGUACACGGCGAAAUUCUCAACGGCGUUCUCUGGCUCGUUUUCGGCCUAAUUGCCGUCGUGGUAUACUCGUACAUGUGGCUGGUGGUGUACAGCUAUUUCCAACAGUUGAGGAUCGAGAAGAUGAGCAAAAGAAUGGGUCCUUACGGAAAGCCGUACAAUUACCGGCGAGCAUGAGGGCAAGAUGAAUGUGUAGAUACGAUUGCAGGGGCCUGUCCGCGAAAGCGAUCGCGGCUGGAGAACGGCGUGACGACCGCAGCAACCGCUACCGCUCGUAUAAACAUUUAUAAGCUCACGACGCAUUAUUACAAUCGGUCGCAAGUUGUAGCAGUUCUCGUGGCGUUUUCACCGAUUACUUACUUAUCUCAGAUUCGCCGAAUAACGUCGGAUUCAAAAGCGAUUUUUACUUAAAGUCAUUAUUUAUCCCAGUACCACGACGUGGGAAUAUCUUCUUGUUAAUUGUAAAUCUAUUUAAACAACGUCAUAUAAAGAUAUUCCCGUCACAAUUUGUAUUUGCACCAAAGCACGAUGUAUCUCGAUUUACAUGACUGGACGCUUCGCAAGAGCAUCCCGCGUAAAAUAAGGAUAAACUAGGAUAUUUGUACAUUAAAUCGUAUUUAUUAUAAUUAACUAUCAUUAUUAUUAAUUUGCCUAACGAAUAAAUACUCCCGUAAUUUUAAAGAGUUCUGCUUCCGACUAAAGCGUCAAAUAUUCCAAGUGCAAUUACUAUAUAAUCAGUAAUUAGCAAAUAAUCGAAGAACAAGCUUUUUAUACGCUGUUAAUUAAAUUAUAUCAAAUGGCAUUAAUGGAGAUUAUUACUUUUAUUGUAUUAAGACUUAAUCAAAAAGGGAAAAAUAGAUUAGCAAACCGAGAAGUUAUCGACAAAUUGAGCUCUACUAUAACAGUAUAAGAUAGUUUACGAAAUGUUUUUUGACGAGAUGAAUUUUCGUCGAAGAAAAAUAUCUAUCCUUCUCAGAUCGUCGAGACACAACAGCGAUAAUAAGAUGGAAUUCAUGGAUUAGUUAGGCAAUUAACGGCAAUUAAAUUAAUUUUAGCGUUCUUGUUUUUAUUUAAUUUUUUUUAAUUUGUGGAACAGAAGGGAGCGGAAGUGUGUUACGCACACUACAUGUGUAAAAUAAGUGUUCGCAAUACCAUUAUAAAAAUGAAUCUCUAUACUUUAACUGUCUAUUUUAACUUUCUUAUUUUUACCUUCCGUACAACGUGUGCCAUUGUAUCUUUUUCAACCAAUUAAUAAAUAUUAUUUAUUACAAGUAAA